AUGCCGAUGCGUCGAGCACUUCUUGUAACAUUAAUUACGCUUCCUUUUGAAAGUCCAAUCAUGGCCUACCUUUCUGAUGAGGAACUUCGUCGUCAGCUGAAAUUCGUUUGGAUUUUGCCCAGGUCCAAUCUCAGAUACAGCAGUAUUCAGGUUGAAAAUAUUAAAUCAGACUUUAAGGUCAUCUUUUGUUUUCUUUUAGUUCAGUUGUUGGCGGUGGACUGCAAGGGCAAAAAGGACUCGUUUUGUGCAGCAGAAGAAAACAGGCUUCAAAUGCAGUUACUGUCCAAAUUGUACAACUUUCUUGCUGAGGUGGCAGGCGAUUUGCUGUGUGGCAAUCCUUCAAAACUGAAGAACAAAUGUGUUUGUUUAGAUGAUAUCAAAACGUACUUUUCUGUUUUUUACCCAGAGUACUUGGAUAGAAUGGAUGAUUCUCUUCUUACAGUCUUACAAAGCCGUAAAGACUUUGGCAUACGCCUUGUAGGAGAAGAUGUGAAUGCACCUGUCACAGCUGUUGAAGAGAUUCACUGCUUGGAGUCUACCCAUCCUUACAUGAGUCUAUGGUGUAGACUACAACGAGCUGUCGUCAUUGUGGUUAGGAGGAGAGGAGAAAGAAUACACCCCUUGUAA